AUUGCAGCCGGUGAGGUCCUAGGUGAUGGUGAUAGGAGGACGUGGAAAACGGAGUUCGAUAAAUGAAAGAACGAGGAGAAAAUCAAUAUAAAAGCUGAGUUGUCCACAAUAAUAUAUCAAUAACUACCUCUAGAGCACCUAACAAGUAAAAUAGCACAUCCAAACCUCUUAGCAACCAACAACCGCAGCACAUCCUCCAACAUGGCCCGUCUUCUCCCCAUCCUCGCGACAGCCUUCGGCCUCGCCCUAGCGCAAAGCAACUACCCCAACCAAUCCGCACCCUUCAACCUCGUCCUCCAAAGCUCGAACGACACUCUAAACGGGCAGAAGCUCGCGGCCUGCCACUCAGGCGCGCUCAUAGAAUCCCUCUGCCUCGACACCUCGGUCUCGACGCCCGAGUUCCAGACCUUCUACUUCAACGGCUCGGCGCAAGCGCCCACGACGCCGGGCUUCCUGCCCUCGGGCCUGAUCACCUGGACGUUCACGGGCGGGUCGCCGCCGCUGACCACGAAUACGGCGAUGCAGUUCCUCUACAACGCGGCGUCGAACCUCGCGUUCCCGCUGAUCUGGCCCUCGACCGAAGGCGCGCAGCCGGUCUCCUUUACCGACGAGGGGCUGCUGGCCGUGGGCGCGAACACGAAUGAUGCUGUGUCGCCUCCGCAGCCGUUUGAGAAUGAUAUCGAGUAUUUGGCGGACCGCUGGGCUAUCUGUGUCACGUACUGGGAGGGUUAUGGAUACACGGCUCUUCAAUAUGUUAUGGGUGAUAAGGAGCCGCAGAAUCCGAGCUGUCAGCUCGUUACGAUUAAGAGGGUUUACGUGUAGUCAUCUGGCUCGGGAUUGUAAUGCAUGAUGAGAGAAAAACACAGUCACCUCUACGAACUAAUAUUUGUGUACGUUAGUACCUCCCUAGAUAAUCUUUUAAUAGUUGCCCUAGCAUCUUUAUACCCUCUUUAGCUUAAGUGACUAGGCAUAAUAUAUUCCUUUCCCUUUAU